CACAUACACGCAGCGGGGGAUGCAGGCUCUGAGUGGAGAAGCUUCACCAUGUGUCAGAUUCACCAUGGGACUGUCAGGAAUUUCAUACUUUGCUUCCAAAACAGUUAAAACACAAAAGGACAGGCAGGAGAAAGUGGAGCUCUGUGUGUGUGUGUGUGUGUGUGUGUGUGUGUGUGUCAUUGUGUGUGUGUGUGUGUGUGGCAGGCUCUGGACAGUCCUGAGUGUUCUGAGCUGGCCAGCUUGGUUUGGAGAGGCAUCUGGAGUCCUCCAGCUCAUGCCCACUGAUACGCUGGAUACUGGCUUAGUCUCAUGUCUCUCUCUCUCUCUCUCUCUCUCUCUCUCUCUCUCUCUCUCUCUCUCUGUGCUGAGACCCACAUGAAGGAUGUGCGGUGGUCAUGAAUGGUCACCGUGGCGCUGUGUCCAAGGGAACGACUGAUAGUGACAGCACUUAGUCACUGCAGUGGGAUUAUGUUUUUGGGGAGGCUAGCGGCCGUGCUGCACCUGUGCUUCUGGGUGGGGAACGGGGGGCCUGCCCAGGACUCCAGCCCUGCCAGCGCGGGGGCUUGCUGGGGAUCGCACAGCAUGGCAGGAGGCAACUGGAGCUGUGUGGAUUUCCAGCCGUACCUCCUCGUUGGCAUGGGGAACGCCAUUCUCCGGAUGAGCCUGGGUGGUGGUGAGCAGGAGCGGAUCUUGUCGGGAGUGGGCAGUUCUGUUCUGCUGGACUUCCACUCCAGAGAGGGAUGCCUGUACUGGGUCAACACACACACAGGAGUUCUGAGUCGUGCUCACCUGGGGGGGACACACAGACAGACACUUUUGUCACUGGGGAAAGGAAUCUCAGGGCUGGCUGUUGACUGGAUAGAAAACUCAGUGUUUUGGAGCAUCAGGAAAAGAGGGAGGAUUCAGAGAGCACAGACUGAUGGGAAGAACGAAAAGACUGUUCUCCGAGACCUGUCUCAGCCCAGCAGUUUGGUGAUCGACCCAAAUGAGAGAUAUCUCUUCUGGUUGUCCAAGGGGGUCACGUUCAGCAUCCAGCGCUCGGACGUGGUGGGGGGAGAGAGGAUCACCGUGUUGAAGGUUGCGGACCGGUUGCUAGCUUUGGCCAUAGACCCUGUGGACAGGAGACUGUUCUGGGUGCAGCAAGGUUUGAGAAAGCGGAUUGCUAUGGGCUCCUGUGACUACAACGGCAACCUUGUUAACGUUGUCAGGCAGCACUUAAGAUCGAAGUCUCUGAAGAUGUCGGUUUUCCUGAACUAUGUGUACAUCACAGACUCUUUGUCAAAGAGUAUAAUGAGAGUCAACAAGUACACAGGGGGCUCUCCAGAAAAAGUCGGCUCCAGAAAGAUGCUGCAUGUUCCUGCCGAUAUCCGAGUGAUUCAUUCCACCAUCCAGCCUGUAGUCGAAACUGGCACUCCCUCGACUCCUGUGUGUGACCCUCAGACCGAGGAGUGUGUGAGUGUGUGCUCCAGUCCCAGAGGCUCUGGCCGGUGUGACUGCAAGGCAGGCUUUAGCCUCAGCAAACAGGGAGGCUACUGUGAAGAUGUAAAUGAGUGUGCCCGCUGGAACCAUGGCUGCUCUCUGGGCUGCCAGAAUGUUCCGGGCUCCUAUUUCUGUACCUGCCCCAAAGGCUACACGCUCCUGCCUGACACCAAGACCUGCCGUGAAAUUGAACCAUGCGUGGAGAAUGGCACACUCUGUGAUCACGCAUGCACACACACACCAGAGGGGGAUGUGUGUGUGUGUCCAGUUGGAUCCACAUUGCAGCCUGAUGGACAUUCUUGCACAGGUUGUCUGUCUAUGGAUGGAGGGGGCUGUAGUCAAGUGUGUGUGACGCUGUCACCUGGCAGGUGGGUGUGUGAGUGCCAACCUGGAUACCAACUACAGCCAGAUGGCAAACAAUGCAAAGCCACAGGUCCUCCAGCUUACCUGCUGUAUGCAAACACAGUGGACAUCAGGAGAGUAAACACAGAUGGAACUGGGGACAGGAGAGUGUUGCAGAACUCUGGAGAAUCCAUCCUAGCUCUGGACUACGACCCAAUGCAGGAUAAGGUUUACUUUGCCAGCAUUUCCCGGCAUCAGAUUGAGAGGGUGUCCAUGGAAGGAGGAUCCAGGGAGGUGCUGCUCUUUGGUGAACUGGACAUGCCGGAGGGUCUGGCUGUGGACUGGAUCAAUCGCAAACUAUACUGGACCGACACAGGGUUGUCUUCGAUUUCCCGGAGUGGUCUCGAUGGUGUGGACAGGGAAGUCUUGGUUCAUGAAAAGAUCCUGAAACCCAGAGGCAUCGCAGUCCAUCCUCAGGCUCAGAUGGUAUUCUGGACGGACAUGGGAAGCCGUCCCGCGGUGGAGCGUUCAGGACUGGACGGGACGGGACGCGAGGUGCUGGUGAGAUCUGGCCUGGUGUCUCCCAGUGGCCUGUCUCUGGACUACACCUCCCAGCGACUGUACUGGUGUGACAUCAGCACAGGAAUCAUUGAGUCAGCCAACAUGGAUGGGUCUGACCGACACACGCUGAGCCAGUACGAAGUAGCGCGGCCGUUCAGUGUGUCUGUGUUCGAGGACUCGCUGUGGGUCAGUAGCUGGGAUGAUAAUCAGAUCCACCAGCUCACUAAGAGGACUGGGCAUGACUCGGAGUGUUUCCGUGGUGAUCCUGUGCAACCUGCUGCCCUCGUAAUCGUGCAUCCUCUUGCCAGACCAGGGACAGACGCUUGUCUCUAUGGCAACGGGGGUUGUUCCCAACUGUGUGAGAGCACAUUUGGACUGGCUCGUUGCUCCUGUCAUUCACAACACAUCCUAUCAGCUGAUGGAAGAACUUGCCUUCCCACAGACACGUCAUCUUCGGAGACAGGUGGUGAGGCACAGAGGCUGAGGAACGAGACUCUGAGUGAUGAAGGCGUACCUCUGGCCCUGUCCACAACAGCCUCGCUCGCUGGCGAGCCGGCGCCCUUCACCGAGACCAUGGUGUCAGACCAGGAUGAGUGUUCUGCUCUGAGCUGUGGCGUGAAUGCACAGUGUCUGCUGGUGGAAGGAACUGCUUCUUGCCAUUGUCUGCGCGGGUUCACUCAUGAUGGACAGCUGUGUGUGGAUACUGAUGAAUGCACAGCAGGCUUGGCUGAGUGUAAUAGUCUUCGCUCUGAGUGUGUGAACACAGCAGGUGGAUACUUCUGUCAGUGCAGAACAGGGUUCAGUGGAGAUGAACAUCACUGCAUUGAUAUAGAUGAAUGUCAUCUGGAGAUACACAGAUGUGAUGUAAAUGCCAUAUGCCUGAAUACACUGGGGGAGUAUGAGUGCAGGUGUAGACAUGGUUACACAGUCUCUGGGUCCCGUUGCCAUGAAGAUCCAAAGGGCGCCCCCUCUAAGCCAAGCACGAGCAGUCCCCUGGAUGUCACGUUUCCGUGGCGACAUGAUGACUCUGUGCAGAGCUGUCCAUCCACUCACGAUUCCUACUGCAUGUAUGACGGAGUGUGUUUCUACCUCCCCGAGCUGGAGUCCUACAUCUGCAACUGUGUGGCAGGUUAUAUGGGAGAGCGGUGUCAGUUCAGCGAUAUGGAGUGGUGGGACCUGCAGCAGGCUGAACAGGAGACAAGGAGAAACGUGGCCAUCGUUGUGUGUCUGGUCCUGCUGCUCCUACUGAUCAGUGUUACUGCCAGCCUCACCUACUGCUACAGCAGGUGCAGGAAGUGUUUGAGAGAGCGCCCCCCAGUGGACAGUAUAAGCGAGCGGCGUAUGAGCAUUACUGAGCAGUUUUCCAGCAGUCCCCAAUUCUAUGUGGUAUUGGAUCAUGGAGCUUGUAGCAGUGGGAAUAUGCUGCACAUUGUGGACUGUCAAAGGAGAGGAGUGUUUCCCUCCUCCACCUCAGAAACAGGACCUCAGUACAGAUGCUUAACCACCUGCAGGCCAAGAGAGGAAGUUCACCAUUACCGAGACUUGGUGAAUCCCACGAGACUCUUCAGUGGAUCGGCAUGCAGCAGGCCUGUAGCAGACGGUGAUUAAUGGCAGUGCCACCUGUGUCAGGGAGUGUCUGGCGAGGACCUUCUGCACAAGACGGUGGAUUCCAGCAACUUAUGAGCGCAAACAAAUGACGGAAGGAAAAAAACCUGCGGCCUAAUUGCAGUUUGAGACCAGCGAUGUUAGCAGAAUCUGCUCGGGCAGAUCUAAACAGCUGGUGGAUUUCACUGAACACAGCACACCGGGGUGGCAGGAGAAAGGGCCGGAACUGUGGAAGAGCUGGAAUCAGCAGAGCCUCUGCUUCAGCACACAAACAGUCCUUGGGAUUCUCAAUAACGCAUUACACAGCAUAACACCAUAGAACAUUAUGUAAACCGACCUUGAAAUCUGAAAGUUUGUUGAGCGGGUUAUCACAGUAGCUGUUGUUCCGGGAGACGGCGCGUGCGCACCGCCCGAGGAGUUGAAGCGAUGCCGCGUGACGGUAAAACAGCUGCAGUCAGCGCGGCCUGCUCCACCACAUCAUCUCACACGUUAGCCUCUGGACUCGGAUGCCAGAAUUAAAAGGACCCCUUCAGAGGUCAAAGUGACCGGCUGGCUGUAUUCCACAUGCUUACUUUUCAACGGGAAAGGAUAAAGGAAAGUCAAGACACAUACAAGGACUUUAAAUAAAAUGCUAAAAAUUACACUGGAAAAGUAACGCUUUAUAAAAAUAAGCCAAUGUGUCUGGUACGCCUCAUAUAUAGUGGCAGUAUAAAAAUACUAAAAACAUUUAAAAUCUCUGAAUGUGGAAAACAAAACCACUGGCCCUACUGUACAAAGCCAUUGGCCAUUUCACUACUAACAUGUGAGUGACUAAGAUAUGGAGUUGACCUGUAACCCUGACGUUCUGUGAUCCAGUCCAGUGCCUUCACUUAGCAAAGCACCUUCUCCAGACGACCUUUACAGGUCAUCUUCUCCUGGCUGACCAGAAACUCAGCAUCUAGACAAAAAUGUUCUCAUGCUCCCCAUGCGACAACUCAUUAAGAAAACCGUGUGCUGGGGACAGUACAUAAAUAUGCACAGAUUAGAGAGUGACCUCUAGUUACCCCAUCUGAGACCAGUUCUCUCUGACCAACGCCACAGAAAGGUAUAAACCAAAUCACCCCAACAGAAGAUCAUUUAUUUCCAAAAGGAUCCAAUAGUGGUAACCUAAUAAUUGGGAAAUCUCCAUAGGUCUGUAUUUGAAUAUGCCUUUUGCCUGACCGGAUUACUUUACAAAGAAGGUCAGCUUCUCAAGAUUAAAUCUGUGUUGUACAAAUCUUUCAGCAACACCUUUUGCUUUUUAGGUCCAUUACUUGGCAUAAGAGCCUUUGGAAACACGUUGGAUUUAUACAUUUAAAAAAAUAUAAAUAAAAAAAAAACAAAACAAAACUGUCGGUAUCAUUGCUACAAAUAUGUAUGACGAAUUCUGUCUCGGCAAACGGAUUUGUUGUUUACAAACCUAGUAGAAGCACAGCUGUGCAACACCCUUCUUCCUACUUAAACGAAAACAAAAAUUUAAAAACAACACUUGUGAAUACAAACCAGAAGGACUAAUUUUGUAGAUUUUGCAAAUUAUGUGGUCUCUGAGUGGAGAGGCAGCAUGUUCCAACAAGCAGCCCGUCACAAAGUCAAUACGCUUAAGCUUUGGGCAGUGAGAUUACAAUGAUUUUUUUUUUCUGGGUUGUACAUAUGUGGGAUAUAAUUUUCUGGAAAAAAAUUUACCUGUUCACAUCACAUAUCGCAGUGCACAAUACCUUUGAUCUUCUGCUGUAGCCUGUCGAUCCUCAUGUCUAAACUAAUAAUCAUUGUUAUUAUUGUUGUCUUUUAUAUAUGCUGAAUUACAC